UGUAUGCGCAGAAGAGGAGUCGAGCAGAGAGAGCUGCUUUUUCAUGAAACGGGAGUGAAGUACUGAACUUAGAAGAGAGAAACAAACUAAAGUAUCGAUCAUAUACCACUACCAACGUUUGGAUCGAUAUCUGCAUCGAUCUGCCCACCCUUGUCUCCUGGAUCGUAGCUGAGAUCAGCGUGAACCACGUGGGUCUCUGCUCCCUGAUCUGUUUCCGGUGUUUGGAAAGAGUUCCGGCUUCAUCACGGAGUUUCUCUCGGUUUGUGGGCUCAUCUAAAGGGAUAAAAUACAUAUCUAUACUUUUGUGUCCCAGCUGAGUAACAGGAGGAGAAGAGUCUGGUGGAGCAGCAGAGGAACAAUUUCAGCCUUUUGGACUCAGCUCAGCCACUACAGAGGAAACAAUGACUUCAACACAGGAGGACCAACAUGGAGCGAGAAGUCAGGAGGCCGACAAACCUCACAGAAGAAAGGGAGAGAAAACAUACAGUUGUGAUGAGUGUGGGAAGGAGUUUACUCUAUCUGGAAACUUAAAAACACACCAACUCAUCCACAGUGGCGUUAAAGCGUACAGCUGUGAUGAGUGUGGAAAGUCUUUUACCCAGGCUUCAAACUUAAAAAAACACAAACUCACCCACAGUGGAAUUAAAGCGUACAGCUGUGACAUUUGUGGAAAAACUUUUACACAGUCUUCAAGCUUAAAAACACACCAACUCAUCCACAGUGGAGUUAAAGCGUACAGCUGUGAAAUUUGUGGAAAAACUUUCAGCCAGUUAGGGUACCGAAAUAUUCACCUACGCAUUCACACUGGACAUAAUGUUUACUGCUGUGAUCAGUGUGGCAAACUGUUUACAACAGAUGCACAGUUACAAAGCCACAUGCUUACCCACACUGAGGAGAGACCUUAUAAAUGUGACCUGUGUGAUAAGGCUUUUAAACAUCCAAAUUACUUCAAAUCACACCAACAGAUCCACGCCAGAAAGAGACUCUACAAGUGCAGUUACUGUGAGAAGCAGAGCGACACAGAUGGAUCCAGUUCUCAACCCUGUCGUCACUGUGGUGGUGGGAAAGAGUUUCGCUGUGACCUUUGUGGAAAAACUUUCAGUUACCGAAGGAGCCUAAAAGUACAUCAACGUAGACACACUGGAGACAAAAUGAACUACUGCAAAGAAUGUGGGAGCGGCUUUUCAACAUCAUGUGCAUUAAAAAAACAUGAACUCAUCCACAGUGGGGUUAAAGACCACCUCUGUGACCAGUGUGGGUCAUCCUUCACCACUGCAGAUAAUCUUAAAGAGCAUAAAAGAGUCCACACAGGAGAGAAACCAUACAAGUGCAGCCACUGUGACAAAACUUUCUCACGUUCAUCUGGUCGUAACAGACAUGAACGUACACACAUUGAAGAGAACUUCAGUUGUGACCAGUGUGACAAGAACUUCAGGAAUUUCAUUUCAUACUCCAGACACAAACAAGCCCAUGCUGUAAAUAAACUGUUUCACUGUUACCAAUGUGCAAAAACAUUCACUUCAUUAUCUGCUCUGCGCAAACAUCAGCGUGAUCAUGCAGAACUGAAAUCAGUGGAUCAAAGUGAAUCUGAAGAGACAGAAAGAUCCUCUUUUGGUUUCAGGGUCAGACUUAAAAAACUUGAGAUCAGGCUCCACAGAGUUCAGAUGGAGUCUCCUGUAAAGAGUGUCAGCUGAUGUCACACUCGGAUCCGAUGAGCUAGGUCUGCUUUCUGGAGCUACAGUGACUAAUCCUGGGUCUUAAAUUUAGAAAUCUACAAAGUAUUUUCCCCCUUCCUGAUUUUAUGUUUGCCACACUUAACUGCUUCAGAUCAUUAAACAGACUUUUUAAACAGAAUACUUUUAUCUAUUGAGAGAAAGCAAAAAGCAAAAAAUAUAUGGCCCUUUCUCCAUAUUUUUCUUCUUUUUUCCCUUCACUGUGUUUCAUUCUGUUGUCUGUGUUGAUUUCAUUUUAGGAUGGAUGAGCUGCUUGCAUACCUACAGGUACAAGUAAACUCAACUGAAGCUGAACUUGUCUGUUGCUUGCUGAUGAAUGUGACCACACUGACAAGUAGUUCCUACAGUUUGUAUUUUUCUGUCAUUUCUUAAAGAUUGGUUUACCUGAAUAUAGAAUCUCUCUGUCAUGGUUUGAUCAGUAAACCUCAUCCAGCUGGCUGCACUGAGAGGGAACCUGCUAUACUGUGCAUGUAUUCAAUUUUCCAUUAGAUGUUGAUGAAUUCUUCUUUAUUUUGUUGUAUCCCUUCAUGAAAGUGUAAAGGAAAUAAAGGUUGAGAUAAUGCAUGGUUUACUUCUGAACUAUCUAGGGCUGCCUUGAUUAGUCACGAUAAUGUCGACACGUCGUUUGAAGCUUUGUAAGAUCCUGAAAGGCGCACGAAUAAGUAGUAGGAUUUAAGAGCGUAAUAACGGACUCAAACAGUGUGGUACAAUUUCUUACUCUUAAAACCCCCAAAUUAUUGUCUAAAAUAUACAGAACACUUUCUAAAAUACAUCAAUAUCACUUCCUAUUGCAAAAUGGGAAGCAGAUCUAUCAGUCAGCUUAGAAAAAAAAUUCUGGUCUCGGGUAUGCUUCAAAACCUUCCAGUUGAUUAGAAAUCCCAGUCUGCAAUUAAUUCAUUACAGAAAACUACAUAGAGUACACUAUUCUGGUUAUUGGAUGUUCCAGAUGGGCUUUAUGUCCUCCAACAACUGCUCACACUGUCAAGGCAAUACACCAGACAAUUACAUCCACGCUGUUUGGUUAAGUCCACCAGUUCACAAGUUUUGGCGCGGGAUAUGUGAAAACUUAUCGAAGUGUCUGAAAUGCAACAUUCCAACCUCCCCUUUAGUGUGCUUGCUGGGCAGCUUAGAUUAUGUCAUUACAGAAAUUAAUACAGCUCACAUGGUUUUUACUGCCCUAUGCAUUGCCAAGAAAACAGUCCUCAUGAAGUGGAAAAAUAUAAAUAAUCUUAACUCUAACCAGUAUAGAAACCAUCUAAUAGAUCACAUUAGUCUUGAUACAGCCUCUGCCACCACUUUGGUCAUGACCUGGUUAGGGGGUCUGGUGGCUCUUGGAUGGUGUUUUCCUCGUGGCUGCGUGCAGCAGGGGUGAGCAAUGUUCUUGGCGCUAUAUAAUAAUAAUAACAAUAAUAAUAAUAAUAAUAUAUUUUAUUUAUAAAGUGCUUUUCAAGACACCCAAGGAUACUGUACAAUAGGAUAAAACACAUAAUAGAGCAAUGACACAAUUAGGGCUGCGCCAUAUCAUACCAUUCACGGUAAUACCGGUAUAAUGUUGGGCAACAAUAAGAAAAUGAAAUAUCACGAUAGAAUAUGGGUAAAACGCGCAUGCGCAGUGCCUUUGUUUUCAUACGCACAUGGCGGCGACGGAGAAUGAGAAGGGAGAAAGCGGAUUGUUGAAUGAAACAGAUGAACCAGAACUGGUUUGUAAAAAUGCUGCAACUUCAGUGGUGUGGAACUGGUUUAGCUUUCGUCCGUCAGAUACACAACAAAGCACUAUUUUUGGUAGCGCAUGCUAGCGGGCCGUCGUUGUUACCGUGUUGUUUGGAAAAUAUGGCACACUUAAAAUCAAUCCUUUGAUUUUUCUGAAAAUCGACAGUGCUCCUUAUAAUCCCGUGUGCUUUAUGUAUGAAUUCUGGUUGUGUUUACUGACCUCGAAAUGAUUUUAUGUGGUACACGGCGCUCGAAAAUCUGUCAGAUGUUUUAGUACGACUUUGCUAAGCUACGAACCUGCACCGCUUGAUGGAUUGUCGGAGCAUUACGGCUAUCGUAGGCAGGAGCCUCGCGGAGUGAUACGUACUGUGCUUCAACAUAAUAUUACCGUAUUGUGUGUGUAUAACCGCUUUUUAAGUUUUGUGGAUAUUAUACAUGGUUAUGCUGAGGAUAUGUCGGCCAGUUUCCACUGGAAAUGCCUUUUGGUUAAACUGUCAGCAAGGAAUUUGCAUUUGCACUGUUAAAUUUUUAUAUAACUUUAAUGCACAUAAAAAACAGCUGCUUGUUUAAGUGAAAAUACAUU